AUGUUGACCCAAAAACCUCUAAUUCUCUUUAUUGACGCAUAUGAUUCAUUCUCGAAUAAUAUCAUUUCUUUACUUGAAACUUCCCUCACCGCCUCAGUACGAACGGUCAAAAUCGAUGAUCCAAUCCUAUUAGCUUCUGAUCAGGCAUUGCACGAGGAAUUGAGACAUUAUGUAGCGGUUGUAUGCGGCCCGGGCCCUGGAAAUCCGGAGACGGACAGUGAUAUCGGAAUUAUUAAGAAAAUCUGGAGACUUGCCGAUGAGGAGAUGUUACCAGUGUUGGGGAUCUGCUUAGGAUUUCAAAAGUUGUGUUUGGAAUUUGGGGGCCAAAUUAAAAGAUUAAAGGGCCCACAACAUGGAAUGAUUAGAAAGGUCGUGCACGCAGGAGAGGUCCAAGCCGUCUCCGCCGUUGGAGAAAAUGAUUCAAUAUUUUGUGGGGUUGGCGAGAUCACCGCUUCCUUGUAUCAAAGUUUAUGUGUGGACAUAGGUCAAGACGAAAUUCUAGAUGAAGAUUGGAACACAUCGCGAUGGGAGCCAACAGAAAAAUCUCCCGACUUGAUACCAUUGGCUUGGGUUGAGAGUGCAGAUCUAGAGGCUGAACAUGCGAGAAGUUGCGGUGUGAAAGACAGCAGAGUUUUGGUCGGUGUACGACAUGCGACGAAACCCUUUUGGGCAGUACAAUAUCAUCCAGAGUCGGUCUGCACAAAUGAUACAAGCAAAGAAAUCUUUAUAAACUGGUUCAAUCUGGCACAAGUUUGGAAUAAAACUUUCAGAAAGACGAAGAUCAAUUACGACGGUAUCAUGCACGGUCAAUCUGCUACACGAGUGAGCCUCCUCCAACAAUUUGAGGCUUUACAAACAAUGCCUGUAUCGCCGGCUAGCGAUGCCUCGAUCGAUAAUAUGAAGCCUAAAAAUAUGUACAUUUCUCGAACGAUUGAUUUACCAAAGAAUCUUUCGGUACCUGAUAUUGUGGAAGCCAUACAAGACAUGGGACGAGAUCACAUUCUGUUGGAAUCUACUAACGCAGAUGAAACUUCCGCAGGAUCUGCAGACGUCAGGGGACGAUAUAGUAUCAUUGGCCUAGAUAUCGAUGAUUGUUUGAGGUUCGAAUAUCGUGUCGGCGAUGAAUACAUUACCAAGAUUCCGUCCUCAUCUGGAGAGUAUCUUGACACCAAGGAAGAGAUCGACCUGAAGUCCUGUGGUGGAGUUUGGUCCUUCCUGGCACAUCGUUUGGAGAUUGCGCGUGUUACUGAAGGGAAUGAGGAGUCACCAUUCUGGGGAGGGUUUAUGGGAUACACGACUUACGAAUUGGGCCUGGAAACUAUCGAUGUGAAAGUUGACAGAGCUAGCGCUCACGGUUAUCGACCCGAUCUUUGUUUUGCAUGGGUCACUCGAAGUAUAGUUGUCGACCAUGUGAGGAAGGUUCUCUAUCUUCAACAAUUGGCCAGCCUUGGUGAUAGCCAAAGCGAUACUGCAUGGAUGGAAGCCGUUGCCCCGAGGCUUGAGAAGGCAUCUCAACCAAAGUCCGUGAAAAGCACUCGUCAAACGCCUCUUCGACCAGGGGACCUCGUGUUAUCCUGCGAUCGCAUAAAAGUAUCUCGUCGAGAAAAGCGAGCUUGGUCACCAGUCCGCAGCCCUGCUUCCAAAUUUGCCAUGACCAUUACUCAACCAACAGCCGAUUCAUACGAAUCAAAAGUUCGUCGAUGUCAGGAUAAAAUCGCCAGUGGCGACUCUUAUGAGUUGUGUCUCACUGACCAAACCACCAUCACUCGUCUCCGCAGCGACCCUCCUCACACAUCAACCCACAACACCACCGAAUCUAUUCUUCUCUACAAUAAGGCUCCAAGACCAGCUCCAGCCAAAGGCGCUUGGUCUCUGUACAAAAAUCUUCGAGCACGUCAGCCCGCCCCUUUCGCUUCUUUCCUUCGUCUUGGCCCGGCGACACUAGUUUCUAGUUCUCCUGAACAAUUUCUCAAGUGGGACAAUCGUAUCGGAAAAUGUUCUCUUCGCCCAAUGAAAGGGACGGUUCGUAAGAGCGACCAGGUUUCAACGCUUUCUGAUGCCACCAUACUUCUUAAUGAUCCAAAGGAAAAGGCCGAGAACCUCAUGAUUGUUGAUCUUGUUCGUCAUGAUUUACACGGUGUCUGCGGGUCCGGCAAUGUCUCUGUUCCAAGACUUAUGGUAAUUGAGGAAUAUGCAUCAGUUUUCCAGAUGAUAUCCGUUGUCGAAGGUUCUUACCCAAAAUCGGCGUCUGAUGAUUUGUUGACGCACAUGUCAUCACUCACCAUCAAGGAUGACAAGAGAACAAAGUACACUGGACUCGACAUAUUAGCUGCCUCUCUCCCUCCAGGAUCCAUGACUGGUGCGCCCAAGAAACGCAGCUGUGAAUUGUUACAAGACAUUGAACACCACAAACCUCGUUCUUUAUACUCCGGGGUUGUUGGUUACAUAGACGUUGGCGGACGUGGUGACUUUAGCGUUACCAUUAGGUCCAUGUAUCGAUGGGAUGACGAAGACGGCGUCAUUGAAGCCGAAGAAAAAGACACGGAGAAAUGGCACAUCGGUGCAGGUGGUGCGGUUACAGCUCUUAGCACUCCUAUUGGUGAAAGAGAUGAGAUGUUGACAAAGUUGAAUGGAACACUUGGAGUAUUUCGUUAA